AUGCAAGUGAUUCCACUUUCAAAGGAUUUCUCAUCGGAAUGGGAUUCCAAAUCAAAGAAUCCUAAUAUUCAACAAUGGUUUCUUUCUUUGACUCAAUUCCGAGAUGGUAAAGAGCUCAUGAAAAACAAUGAUUAUGAAGGGAUGAUGAAGUGUUCUCAUCGGGAUCAAGAAGUGGAUCCAAAGGCAUUUGUUGGAAAACAAGAAGGCUUUUACAAGAAGUUUCAUAAAAUUCCGUUUUCUCAAAUUCCAUGUAAUGUUCAUUCCAUUCUCUAUGAAAAUAAUUUAGUUGGAAAUCCAUACCAUAGAAUGGAAGAAUUGAAACAAUUGUGGGUGGGUUAUUCGGAUUGGAAAAUGGAAUGCUGGAUGAAUGAUUUGGAUGAAUGUUGCAAUGUGAUGAUCAGAGGAGUGAGAAACUCGAAGGCUUCUUCUUUGGAGUCUUCGUGGUUAUUGAUCAUGGAAGGUCUGGAUUGUGUUGCCAAUAUCAAAGUGAAUGGUGAAUUGGUCAGAUCUUGUGUGGAUAACAUGUUUCAGUAUUACAUUUUGGAUAUUUCCGAAUUGAUAUGUAAAUCCAUGAUGAAGAAGGAGGAUCAACACGGAUCCGCUCGUUGUGGACUUCAUAUUGAAAUUGAUUUUAAAUCGGCACUUGUGGAAUCGAGAGAACGAUUGGAAAGUCAUCUUCAAAAACAAGCUUAUGAGAUUCCAUGCCCUUCUUAUACUAGAGAUUUCGAUACUAGAGGAAGAAAUUUCUUGAGAAAAGAAGGAUGUGCCUUUGGAUGGGACUGGGGACCAGCUUUUGCAUCUAUUGGAAUUCAUAAGCCAUGUUAUUUAGUGAGAUUUAAUCGUCCACAUCCUAUUGAAAUUAAUAAUCAGAUCUCACUUGAAUCGUCAUUUUCUGCGACACAAAAUAAGGGAACUAUUUUGUUCUUAAAAGAUAUUGCUCUUUAUCAGCAUGACUUUUCAAUUGAAAGAGAAGGAAAUCCUGAACUAUGUGAAAACGUUUCACUCACUGCCAAACUGUAUUUAUUCUGUAAAAAUUUCGAUGGAUGUGAACAAAUUAAUGACACUAUUGGAAAAGUUGAAGUAUCCAUUUUGGAUGACUCUUCACAACAAAUGCAUCACAAACAAUCUCUAUGGUGUGAGCACAUAGAAAAAGACAUUGAAUUGGAGGACAUGUAUAUUGUCACAUUGAAUAUUGGAUCCAUUCAAAAACUCAAGUUAUGGUAUCCAAAUGGCUAUGGAAGUCAACCACUGUACAAUUUCAAAGUUGCCAUCCAACAUGAAUCCUUUAAGCAAGAGAAGCAAAUUUUAUUUGGAGUGAGAAAGAUUGAACUUGAUACCUCAAAAGACGAGUAUGGCCACAAGUUCCAAUUCAAAGUGAAUGAUCGUCUCAUCUAUUGUAAAGGAAGUAAUUGGAUACCCUCAGAUUGUUUUCCAAGUCGAUGCUUUCAUAGCAGAGAGCACAUUCAUAAUUUGAUCAAAAGUAGUCAUGACUGUCACAUGAACAUGCUUCGUAUUUGGGGUGGAGGAUUUUAUGAAUACGACUUUUUCUAUGAGUAUUGUGAUAGAUAUGGUAUUCUUCUUUGGCAUGACUUUAUGUUUGCAUGUUCAUUAUACCCAUCAGACGAAAAGUUUUUGAAAUCUUGCCGAGUGGAAGUAGUUCAGCAACUUCGACACUUACAACCUCAUCCAUGCAUUGCUCUAUUUGCUGGUAAUAAUGAAAAUGAGGAGGCUUUGUUGAGCUGGCCUGAAUGCAUUAAUUCUGACUGCAAGCAGCGCCUGUUUGUAGAUUAUCACAAGCUGUAUUAUGAUACUAUUUAUGAUGUUGUUUCGAAAGAAUUAUGCUAUAAUUCUUCUAAAUUUAAUACUCCACCUUUUUGGCCAAGUUCUCCAUCGAACGGAAUCAUGAAGUAUGGAAAUCCACAAGAUUUAACUCAAGGAGAUGCACAUUAUUGGGCAGUUUGGCAUGGUGGUAAGCCAUUUUCAAAUUAUCUAACUGUCAUCCCAAGAUUUAGCUCAGAAUUUGGCUUUCAGUCAUUGCCAGGCUUUGAAACAUUGGCACAAUUUAUUUUAGAAAGGAAUGAUCAUUCAGAAGAAAGUGAACGAGAUUUGAAUAUUACUUCACCAGUCAUGGAAUCCAGACAACGAAGUUAUGUUGGAAAUAAGUGCAUUCUCGAGCAUAUUUCCAGAGAAUUUAGAUUUCCAAAAACUUUCAAAGAUUUAGUCUAUCUGUCACAAGUCAAUCAAGCACUGGCCAUUAAAACUGCUUGUGAGCAUUGGAGAAGACAAUUAAAAAUUUGCUCUGGAGCUUUGUAUUGGCAGCUCAAUGAUAUUUGGCCUGGUAAUUCAUGGUCUUCUUUGGAAUGGAAUGGAACGUGGAAGCUUCUGCAAUAUUUCAGUAAGGACUUUUUUGCUCCAUAUCUGUUCUCCAUUGCAUCUUCAAAGAUGAGCAAAAUUGAAAAUCAUGAAAGUGACGCCUCAGAACAGUUAGAUUUUUGGUUCACUUCAGACUCGAACCAACACUCCUCCAUUCAAUUUAAGAGUUUGAAAAUUCAAAUGAUUUCAUUCGAGAAUGGGCAUGAAAUGUGGAGCAGAGAAAUUACUGAAUUUUCAGCUCAUGAUGCAUUCAAUUCUUCUUCAACUAAUUAUUUGGCAAGUGAAAUUAUAUUUUCACUGCCCUUAACUCGAGACAUUUUACAACAAAAGACGUUUGGAUUUUUGGCAUGUUCUCUCGAAAUUGACGUCAUUGCUCACCAUUCAAUUAAUUCACAUCAAGAAACAAGCCAAAGACAUACUCUUCAAGCGAUUCAUUUCCUUUGUGAACUGAAGAAAGCGCACAAAAUGACAAAACCUUCUCUGUCGCUUCAAAUCGAAGAGGAAACUGACACUCAUAUCAAACUCUCAAUCACUUGUACAAACUCUCCAUCAUUUUUCACUCGGUUAUUCAUUAAGAGUGGAGCACAUUAUUGCAAUAGAGACACUCUCGACAAAUCUUCCCUUCGAUUUGAUAUCGAUCAUUUUGAGGAGAAUGGAUUUUUAUUGCUUCCCAACAAAACCAAACAUGUUUGGAUGAAAAAGAGAGAAAGUUUAUGUGGUAAAAGAAAUGCAUUUCCUUUGGAAUGGAUUGGAAUUGAAACUUUAGGUUGGACUUAUUAA